AUGGACGUUCAAGAUAUCAUUGGAAUUGCUUUGAACUUGGCAACUGCCGGCUCCGUUGCCACUCUUCUCGUGUUGCCAGGAUGUGGAGGAAAAAAGGCAAAACCUUCUGAAAGCGGUGGGGACAAUACGCCGAGCAAAAAAGAUGGAGAAGGAUCUUCAAAAACUGAAGACAAGGAUAAGGACAGUUCGGCAGCACCUGCUGGAGCUGCUCCCACUGCUGGAGACUCUCCUGCCGCGGCACCUGCAGCUGGAGCUCCACCACCUCCACCUCCCGCAGCUGGUGGUCCAAAGCCUGGAGGCCCUGGAAUGGCUGCGACUCAUGAUCCCAACUACCAAACUCUUGCUGGCAUCGGAAAUGACUGUUUCGACAAAAAGGGUAGUCCACCUGCUGGAGGUGGUGCUGCUCCACCAGCUGGUGCCAAACCAGGAAUGGCUGCAACUCACGAUCCAAACUAUCAAACAUUGGCUGGAUUGAACAAUAAUGUUUUUGAUAAGAAGGAUGGUGGAGGUGGAGGAGCUGCUGGAGGACCAACUGCUCCAGCUGAUCAGAAUGCGAAAGCAGCUACCCAUGAUCCGAAUUAUCAGACUCUGGCUGGUCUCAACAAUAACGUGUUCGACAAGAAAGAUGGAGGAGGAGGAGGGGCUGCCGGGGGAGACAAAAAACCAAUUCAACCAGCUGACAAGAAUAAGAAAGCAGCAACAAUGGAUCCCAACUAUCAGACAUUGGCAGCAGUCGGAGGAGAUGUAUUUGGGGCUGAUAAGAAGGCAGGAGGUGGUGCUGGAGGGGAUAAGAAACCCAUUCAACCGACUGAUAAAAAUAAGAAAGCGGCAACUAUGGAUCCUAACUAUCAGACAUUGGCUGCUGUUGGUGGAGACGUUUUCGGAGCUGAUAAAAAGAAGAAAUAG